AUGAAGACUGUUAAACCCAAAUACCAAUACCAUCGGAGUAACUCCAAUCGGCGUGACAAUAAUUCAUUCCAUUUUACAGUUAAUGGAAAUAUUGUUAGAGUUUGUAAAUCAUUUUUUAAAUCUACUCUGGAUAUAACAGAUAGACCAAUAAGAACUAUAGUAAGCAAACAGGCUGCAUGUGGAGGAAUGGUGGCACAGGAUCUCCGAGGAAAACAUGGCAAACAUCCUAAUCUGGAAGCGAGCAUAAAAGAAGGAAUCCGAAACCAUAUAAACUCCAUACCAAGAAUCGAAAGUCACUAUUUGAGAGCUCGUUCUUCUCGUGAAUAUAUCGAAGGUGCUAUGGAGUAUAGUAGUCGAACAAGGAAGAUGGUGGCAGAUGCCCUAGAAAUGCAGAAAGAGAACUUGGCAAUAUGUCAAAUUGCUGAAGUGCCUGGAACAAGCAAUGGGCUUGACUCUGACUCUGGACCUGAAGAAGACCCAUUGGGUUCGGAUGACUCCAGAGCUGACCCGGAUUUCAGUUCCAAUACCAGUGAAUCAUCAAGUGAUUCCAAUGGAGGUUUCGCAGAAGAGACUGGCCAGAGUUCGCACCGCUGCUCAAAUGUAGCUAGAAAAGUAGUAAAUUGCAGCCAGACAACCAAAACUGGAAGAAAGCGUUUAAGGUUCCCGGAAAAGUGGCGAAAAAAUGCUGCAAAAGCUCUGAGAAACGAAGGUAAAGAAUACGUGUCAGUUUCGAAAACCAGAAAAUUGCACCCUUCUAGGACCAUUCUGCCUCCCUGUGGAGACAAAUGCAAGCUGCAAUGCAGCAAGAAAUUUACAGAUGAAAAUCGUAAAACUCUUUUUUCCGAAUAUUGGGGCUUAGGCAAUUUACAUAGGCAACGAGACUUUUUAGCCACAAGUAUGUCCCUAGUUCAGCCUAAGUAUCAAUAUAAACAGGACGGUAGCCAUCGCCAACAAAAUAACGCUUUUUACUUCAUCCUGAACAAUCAAAGGACUCGCGUAUGUAAAUAUUUUUUCAAAGCUACACUAGCUAUAAAUGACAGACCGAUUAGAACAGUGGCUCAAAAAAAGGCAUUAGCACCAACUGGGCAAAUCAUAGAACCUGACAGACGAGGUAAGCAUGGGAAACAUCCAAAAUUGGACGAAGGCAUAAAAAAUAGCGUAAGGAGUCAUAUAAGAAGAAUACCAAAGAUAGAGAGUCAUUAUGCGCGCUCAAAUACGACCAAAGAAUUUAUAGAAGGAGGGAAAUCCGUAGCAGACCUUCAUAGAGAAUAUGUAAUGCUUUGUAAAGAAAAAAAGGUUGCAAGUGCGAACUACAAUAUGUAUUUCAAAAUAUUCAAUGAAGAGUUCAAUCUAUCUUUUUUCGUUCCUAAGAAAGACCAGUGCGACUUUUGUACUGCUUUCGAACAAAUGAGUGCAGAAGAGAAAGCUUCUCAAUAUGAGAAGUAUAAUGAACAUCAAAAAGAAAAAGAACUGUCAAGGGAAGAAAAAGAAAAAGACAAAAAUUCAGACAUGCACGUAGCCGUGUAUGACUUGCAAGCAACAUUGCCCUGCCCCAAAGGAGAUACUUCUAGUUUCUACUAUAUAUCAAAGUUGAAUGUGUAUAACUUCACAGUUUUUGAUCUAAAGAAGAAAGAUGUUGACUGCUAUGUUUGGCAUGAAGGCCAUGCUCAUAGAGGUGCAGACGAAAUUGGGACAUGCGUGCUCAAAUACCUAGAAAAUAUUAACACUAGAGCUGAAUCACAACAAGCGGGGAUUGAUGUAGUAUUUUACAGUGAUAACUGUGGGGGCCAACAAAAAAAUAGAUUCUUGUUGUCGACGUAUCUUUACGCUAUUUCACACUUUAACUAUAUAAGAAGCAUUACACAUAAAUAUCUUAUAACAGGGCACAGUCAGAAUGAGGGCGAUAGUGCUCACUCUGUGAUAGAAAGGCAUAUUAAAAGAUAUUUGAAGUCUGCUCCAAUCUACACCCCUGAACAAUAUUACAGUCUAAUCCGUACAGCUAAAAAAACAGGAAAUCCAUACAAAGUCACAGAAAUGUGUCAUUCAGAUUUCUUUGAUUUGAAAAAUCUACCAUUCCAAAUGCAGUACAACAAUUUCACCAAUAACGCAGAUAACGAAGCUUUCAAGCUUUCUGAAGUAAAGGUUAUUAUGAUAUCCAAGGAUCACCUACAUACUGUAUUUUACAAAAAUUCCUACAGUGAACAGGAAUACAAAAAAAUAAUUGUGAGAGGCCCCUCAAGAAAGAAUCACGACCUCAAUAACCAAUCGGUCGUGCUUAAAAAAGCAUAUCAACGCAAACCAGGGAUAAGUGAAAAAAAGAAAAACUCGUUACUAUCCUUAUUUAAAAAUCCUAAUAAGUCAACCGUACCACGAGUUUACUUAGAUUAUUAUAAAAAUUUAUAA